AUGAAUGGUGCUGAAGAUGGCAUCAUCAUUUUUUCACCAGGUAGCAAGCCUUACUCUUUUGGUCAUCCAAAUGUAAAUGAAACCAUUAACAAAUAUGUUGGGGAAGAAAAUCCUCCAUCACCAUUAUCAUCAGGCAUUGAUGACAAGUAUGUGCAGACGUUCCUAAAAGUCAAUUCUAGAAAACUUAACGCACAACUCAAUACUCUACAAGACCAGCUGGAUUUUGCGUUAAACUUGAAAAAUAAACUCAAGGAGAUGAAUAAGAAUGUGGAGAGCCAACAAGAGUGGUCCAGGGGCCCUAUAGAGAAGAUGAACUACACAAAGGCUUCAAUAUUAAAAGAGGAGUUGGAAGAUCUUCUCUUGAAGGUAAAGAACUAUGGUAUUGAACGUGGGUAUGGUUACAAAAUGAAAAGUGGAAGGCUGAAUAAAAGCAACUACUAG